GCUGUGGAGAGAUCCGUCGCAGAAGGCGCCAGCCAGGGCCUCUCAGCACAGGGUUGUCCCGGACUCUCAUUGUCUGAAUUUGCUAUGGAAGUCUAUGAAAUCGAUGCAUCCCACGGCGUCAAUGCCGUGGAUACCCACAGCUGGAGUGCUCUGCACUACUCUGCGGCCUCCGGCCAGUUAGAGGUGUGCAAGUUUCUUCUGCAGCAGGGCUGCGACAUCAAUAGUACCCUGAACGAUUUCUCCACGCCAUUAAUGCUGGCAGUGGAGGAGGGCCACUUGAAUGUUGCGCAGCUUUUGCUGAGCAAUGGGGCUGUCCCAUGGUGUAAGGAUGAGACGGGUUUCACCGCCAAGGACAGAUGCGACAAGAGCAUCCAGGCAGAGCUUCUGCAACUGCUCGCUGCACCAGGCUACCGAAAGGUCGAUGCCGAGGCCGUCCGCGUGUGA